CCGCUCUUAGUUGGAAGAGGCCCGCGCACGCGGCGGACGCGGUCGCGGCGGUAGCAGGAGGCGCGGUAGAUUGUGAGGGGAGAGCGGCUGAGGAGGAUAGCUGAGGUGAGAGCGGUCCCGGCCAUGGCAGUGCAGGACCCCCGGCCCAACCACACCAUCUACAUCAACAACCUGAACGAGAAGAUCAAGAAGGACGAGCUGAAGAAGUCCCUCUACGCCAUUUUCUCGCAGUUUGGGCAGAUUUUGGACAUUUUGGUGUCGCGCAGUCUCCGCAUGCGGGGCCAGGCCUUUGUCAUCUUCAAGGAGAUGAGCAGUGCCACCAACGCCCUGCGCUCCAUGCAGGGCUUCCCCUUCUACGACAAACCCAUGCGGAUCCAGUACGCCAAGACGGACUCAGACAUCAUCGCCAAGAUGAAGGGAACGUUCGUGGAGCGCGAGCGGGAUCGGGACCGGGAGCGCAAACGGGACAAGCGCAAAGCCAAGGGGGGAGAGGCCCCUGGCCCCAAAAAGAGCGGGGCUGGAGCACAAGGGGCCACGCAGGGAGCAGUGCCCGGGAUGCCGCCGCUGGCGCAGCCGCCCCGGAUGAUGCCGCACCUGGGGGGACAACCACCCUACAUCCCUCCCCCGGGCAUGAUCCCAGCCCCAGGCAUGGCCCCGAACCCGGGAAUUCCCCCAGGAAUGGCCCCACAGCCUGGAAUGGCCCCGAUCCCUACCCCACAGCCUCUGUCAGAAAACCCUCCGAACCACAUCCUGUUCCUGACCAACCUCCCUGAGGAGACCAACGAGCUGAUGCUCUCCAUGCUCUUCAACCAGUUCCCAGGGUUCAAGGAGGUGCGCCUGGUGCCCGGGCGCCAUGACAUCGCCUUCGUGGAGUUUGACACCGAGGUGCAGGCGGGCGCCGCCCGCGAGGCACUGCAGGGCUUCAAGAUCACCCAGAGCAACGCCAUGAAGAUCUCUUUCGCCAAAAAGUGACCCAAAACACCCCAAACCCCACCAAAACACCCCCAAACCCAAAAAAAGAAGGGCCCAAAAUACCCGAGAUCCAAAAAAAGCGCCUCAAAUCUGCCCCUAAAUACCCAAAACCCGCCCCAAAACACCCCAAAUUCCCAUAGAAACACCCUAAAAUCAUUCCAAACCACCCCAAAAUCCCAUAGAAACACCCUAAGAUCUCUCAAAACGACCCCAGAACACCCUAAAUCCCAUAAAACUGCCCCCAAAUCGGAGAAAAAGACUCCAAAAUCCCAGAAAACUGCCCCCAAAACGGUCCUGACCCUGCUCCAAACCCCCCACGUGCCCCCACUCCCCCAGGUAAGUUCAGCUGGGCCCAAAUUCUAAUUUUUUUAACCCAAACCCUCCUUUUUCCCACCCCAAAUUUUCCUUUUCCCACCCCAAUUUUUUUUUUCAAAGCCCAAAUCCUUUGUCCCAUCCCAAAUCACCUUUUUCCACCCCAAAUCUCCUUUUUCAACCCCAAAUUGUAUUUUCCCACCCCAAAUGCUUCCAGCCCGCCUUAAAUCCUCUUUUUCCACCCAAAAUCUUUCCCCAUCCUGAAUCCCUCAAUUCCCACCCCAAUCCCUAUUUUCUCCUCCACACCCUAAAUCCCCUUCACCCACUCAAAAUCCAUUUUUCACCCCAAAUUCUCCCUUUUUCAUCUUAAGUCCUUCUUUUUCCACCCCAAGUCCCUUUUUCCCACACAGAAUCGUUUUCCAUCUCAAUAUCCCCUUUUCCCACUGCAAUUCUGACCCCAAAUCCUCAAUCCCCACCCUAAAUCCCCUUUUCCCGCCCAAAUCUCCUUUUUUCAUCCUAAAUCCUUCUUUGUGCAUCCCAAAUCCUCCUUCUUUCACCCCAAAAUCUCCUUUAUCUGUCUUAAAUCCUAUUCUUUCUUCCCUAAAUCUCUUCACCCCAAAUCCUUCUUCUUUUACCCCAAAUCCCCUUCUUCCACCCUGGAUCCCCACCCCAAAUCCAUUUUCUCAGCCCCCAGAGGCUUUUGAGGUUCCCGAGGAGUUUUUGGGGUUUUUCCCAGCAUUGUACCCAGGGUCUCUCUGCAGACAUUGCACCUGGAGCUGCCCCUACCCCAGAUAAACCCAAAUCCCCUUUUCCCACUCCCCCAGAUGCUUUUGGGGUUCCCAAGGGGUUUUUGGGGUCUUUCCCAGCAUUGUACCCAGGGUCUGUCUGCAGACAUUGCACCUGGAGCCUUCCCAAAUAAACCCCACUGUGC